AUGUCGUUUCUGUUUGGCAGGGCACGAUCUCGUGGCGCUGCUGACCUGCACAGGCAGGCACGGGAGCAUGUGCUUCGUCUCGAAGGCCCCAACUCCGCAGUUAAGGCAGAAGAACUGGCACGGGUUUUGAACCAAAUGAAAAUCGUCCUGCAGGGAACACAAGAAUCAGACAGCUCCCCAGAACAGAUAUAUCAACUCGUCACGGGGUUGAUAGACGAAGAUUUGCUACAUCUCCUCGCCAUUAACCUCUACCGCCUGCCAUUUGAAUCACGAAAGGAUACUCAGGUUAUAUUUUCAUAUGUGUUCAGGUUUCGACCUGCCUCUGCUGCCCCUAAAAGUGACCCCAUAGCUCUCUCAUACGUCGUGUGUAACCGGCCACAGGUCCUUGUUGAGUUAUGUCGAGCAUAUGACCACAAGGAGAGCGCAACACCAGCCGGGUCGGUCCUACGAGAGCUACUAAAAAACGAGGCAGCAGCUGCAGUCAUCCUCUACGAUGAUGGGGAUGAACCCGGUUCGAGUGCCAAAGGCUUGAAUGCCAUUGAUCGUGACCGACCGCAAAGUGGAAGGGGCGUGUUCUGGAGAUUUUUUGACUGGAUAGACAAAAGCUCAUUUGAAGUGGCAGCCGAUGCAUUUACUACAUUCAGGGAACUACUGACCAGGCACAAGGAUCUGGUCCCCCGAUACCUUUCGGUAAACUUCGACAUGUUUUUCGAAAAGUACAAUAGCACACUCGUGCAAUCCAGCAGUUAUGUCACUAAGCGCCAAUCUAUUAAACUUCUGGGGGAGAUUCUACUUGAUCGGUCCAACUACAGUGUCAUGACCGCCUAUGUCGAUCGCGGCGACCACCUCAAAAUAUGCAUGAACUUACUUCGAGAUGAUCGGAAGAUGGUCCAGUAUGAGGGCUUUCAUGUGUUUAAAGUAUUUGUCGCCAAUCCGCACAAGUCCAUGGCCGUACAAAAAAUCCUUAUCAUGAAUCGUGAAAAGCUCCUCACGUUCCUCUCACACUUCCUAGAAGAUCGGACGGAUGAUGAGCAGUUUAUCGACGAACGCGAAUUUCUGAUCAAGCAAAUACGCAAUAUGCCACCCAACCCGGUCCAAAUGCAAAGAUAA